AUGACUCCACGAAGGGAAUCUCAUCUCGACAACAAUGGCGAAGACAAUAAUGACGAUUUUCGAGCAUAUGAAGUCGACGGAUGGAGGGUUGGUUACGAGAUCGAAAUGAAUGGAGUUGGAAUCGUGGACGAUCGAGCCAGCGACGACGGAUCAGGCUUCCCAGACACUGACCCAGAGACUGAUGAUGACCUCGAUUUGGACGAUGAUGAGGCUCCCUGUUAUCCAGGCUACCGCACGCUCCCAUUCCAGAUGGAAGAACGUGUUUCGGAAAACGUCACAAGCUGUGACGAAGGGAUAGACCAGAACGAAUCGACGAGCUCUGAGGGUGUCAGCGUUGGCGAUACUGAAGAAGCGCCCGCCAUCGAGGGUGGACUUUUGCAAGAGAAAUCUGCCGCAUCCGGUAUUUCCCAAGAGGAAGUGAUACCGCACCAGCCAAAUAGUAUCAUCCUUGAUGACGAAAAGAUUCAAGCUAUCCGAGAAGCGAUGUCAGGAUUCACGCUGCCAUCUCCUCCAGAGUGGGCCAAUUUGGAUACCGUUAAACUGAAUGAGAUCAUAAAUGAGAAAUCGCUCCACAGCUCUCUUGCCAUAAGCAACAAUGAAGUUAACGGUAUUCCUAACGGUUACCACACAUCAACUCUGUUUCCCAUAUCUGCAAUUUUAUUGCCAUGUCUCGGAAGCGUGAACAUGCCGUCGAUUGUGAAAUGGGUAAAAACGUGGUGUGUGGUGGUACCUCGGUAUCUGUCCGAUCUAUGGGAAGCCAACGCAGGAACUGAUGUGGGUCGACUAGUCAAAUUGAAGUCUCGUCCAGGUCUGGUUUUGCCGGCGUCCAUCUCCUCAAGCUUGAAAGGUCCUGCAAAAAUUCCUGAUGAACAUUCCUUCAUUCUCGGUGAUGUCCUCAACCAGACCAUGGCAGUGCUUGCAGAAGAUAAGACAGGUCUCAACGAAGAGGCUGAAGUCAAACCAGGGCGGCUUUCAAUUGAAGGAAGGGUUGUAAAGAGAGCAGAAUGUCGCCCUCCAGCGUCAAGCAGCUAUUUGAAAAUGAAAAUCGCUCAAAUCUCUAGUAGUGGGCAACCGAAGAAGCAAGUUCUACAGAUGGAGAAGGCAGCCGUGAAAUUCAAACCUGUCGCCGCGCACGCGGAGGAUAUGAUGAGAAUUAAGCAGAAGAAAGAAGGAGCAAAAAGACCAGUACGCGCAGAUCGUAAUGUGUACUCAUGCAGGCUUUGUUACCACGCCUUCGAGAAGCAUCAGUACUACAGAUUACAAGAUCUGCAGCAGUUGACGCAACAACCUGCUGGAUAUGUUAAGGAACUGUUGACAGAAAUUGCCGUGUACAAUACUGCUCCACCGCAUAAAAAAAGCAUGUGGGAGUUGAAGCCUGAAUAUCGGGAUUAUGCGGUGCCAAAAUAUGGCUCACAUGUGAUGAUAAGGGUACGUGAUGCUUUGAACAUGGUUGAUUUCGUGGUUCAAGAAGAAAAGUGCUCUCGGGCGAAGUGGAAUAAUCGAAUCAUGGGGCCGUCACAUGCUGAAGCAUGCAACACCGUCGUGUAUGAUAUACCUUCGAGCAGGCCAUAUACCACAUCUUACAUGGGAUGUUGUACUGAAAUGGUUGAAAUUCAACCAGACUCCAAUCUAUCAGUUUACGAUGCCGGCUUUGCUCGAUUCCUUGAAAGUGAUCCAGAAAUUUGGCAAAGGUGCGCCGGCGCUUGCGGAAUGCCUAAAAACUCCGCAGUCCAUCUGCAAAUCAGCGAUCCUCUGGGUGAGUGGAGACCUGGUUUCAACGAUACCAAAUCUAUAGCAGUUUUCACAAAAGGAGGUAAAAGAAUGCUGGAUCCACGAAUGUAUCGCGAGAUUGUGCGGAACUUUAUGUGCGAUUCGUUUGACACUAUGCUCGAUUAUGAUGUACCGCGAGGUUCUCUCAAACAAACGCCCUUCAAAGCAAUGACCGAACGAAAACGUUCUACGAACUAG